UUAUCGUGAUUGGCAGUGGAAGUCAUGUGAGUAAACUUUAUAGCAGACCAAUCUGAACUUUGUAAAUUAUCAAAAUGGGAUGCUGUUUUAGCGAAGAAGAAGAGCCUGAUUACGGGCCUGUUAAUCCUAAUGAAAGAACACCUUUAAUAGAUCCAUCAGUUAGUAAUCAACAAGCUAUAAAUCAGGAUAGAAGUAACUCGACGUAUCAGCAACCUCCAAAAGGUGAUGAACAAUCAGCGUUAAAUAGAAUCCUACAUAAAAAUGCACGGGAGGUGAUAGAUGUAACAGCUGAUUCACAGAUAUUACAACAGAGUGAAUAUCACGAUAGACAGAGACAAUAUAGUAAUCGAUUGAAUAUGGUGAUAACUAAUUCUGGAAGACAGCAGGCAUAUCACGUAAACCUACCACCAGGUGUCACUUCAGCACAUACUGUAUUGUCAGCGCCACCUGUAUCCUCAGCAGACAUCCUACUUAUAAUAAAUGCGACAGAGAAAGCGGCCAAGUGUAUAAAAGAUAUAAAAGUACAACAUAAAGAAGAUUUAGUGGCGUCAUUUGGUGUGCCGUAGAAACAACAGAACAAAUAUUAGCUAUUUUUAUUUCAAUUCCAUCGUGUAUAUAUUACAUGUACUUUCCUCCAUUUAUAUGUAACACUUUCAGACAAUCAUCGCACGUUGAUAUAGCACCAUAUUUUAAGGGGGGUCUGAGUCAAUUUAUUUUGCUGUGUAUGUCAAGCCUCUGUCUUGGCCUCCUAAUCGAAUUAUAUAUGGAUGGAUGUAAAUAAAACACUCUCAAUCGAGUGAAAUCUGGCAUGUCCGGUACACUGUAUGGUAUUAUUGGAUAAAACAUUGACCAAAGAAUUGUUUAUUUCAAACAGUUUCAAUGAGUAAAAUAGACGCCAUAUAAAAAUAACAAAAUAUAUGGUCAGAUAUAUCUGAAUGUUAAUAUUUCAAGCUAAAUACUGAGUUAAAACUGUUUUCAUGAAUCAAUGGAAUAAUGUCACGGACAACAUUACAUGUGAUCUAAAAAAAAAAUCUCGUAGAAAAAAAUAUUUAUGUAUUAAAAAGGUGCAGAGACUGGGAAAAAAAAUACAAUUUUAUGUUAUUUUGAAUAAAUUGUAGGUGAGAGACAGUGCUGUAGCUGUUCAUAUUUCUGCUUUCAAAAAUAUUUUAUUUUAUUUUAUGAUCAGUAGUGGAAUACCGCGUUUUAUCAGUGAAAUAAAAGUGUUAUUCCACUGGCUAAAGUAGUCCAUGCUGUUUUUACCUAAAAUAAUUGUAAAAUCAUAAAGUAAAUAGAACAUUUGUCGUUUUGUCGUGAAUAACAUAUUUUAUUUCAUCUCUAAGCAAGAAAACGUUUAUAUUUUCACUCAUGCUACGCAUUCGUGAAAAUAUAAGUUUUCUUGCUUCUCGAUGAAAUAAAAUAUGUUAUUCACGACAAAACGACAAAUAUCCUCUAUUUAUUUUGGUAUAACAUACCCUAUAGUGAAGUUAUAGCCAUAUUGUUAUAGAUUAAUGAAAUAUUUAGUUAUAAAUUAUAAUAUUAUUGUAUCUGUAAACAGUACGUUGAUGUUUGAUGGGUGUGAAAUGGAAUGGGGUUUAAUGUCCUACUGUUCUGCUCCGACUGGGCUAAUGAAGACGGGGUGAUGGCUGUGAGCAGGCCCAAGAUUUGUUAAUUCAAUACUCACACAAUUUCAUAUUUUUGUUAAUAUAUUGUUGAAGUGAAAGUAUGAUAUAGCACUGGGUUCUGGCCUGAUCAUUUGACUUUUUCGGAUGGUCAUUAACCAUUAUCACAGCAUGACACCAAUCAGGUACUUUACAACUGUAGAUCAAAAAUCAUUGAGAACUUUUUCUUGUUAUUUUUUUACACCAAGAAACAAGAAGCAAAAUCUUAAUGGGUGCUGAAAAACAAACGGUUAAAUUGGUGUAGACGUAUCAUGUGUCUGUUUUGUAUUGUGUGUGGUGUGGAGAGGGGGUCUAUAGGCUUCUGUCUGUUCUCCAAUCGGGAGGGUUGGUUGGUCCUGUAGUGUAAUGUAUGCACAUGAAAUCACAAGGUCUAUCAUUGAGUCAAGUGGCGUUGUUCGAUUCCCCACUUGAACAUGACAGGAGGUUGCCUGUCCAUCCUCGUGGGUUUUCUCUGGGUCUUCCAGUUUCCUCCCACUGUUAAAGACCCCUAUGCACAAAUGAAAGAUUGAAAUAAAAUUGAACAAAAUGUUAGUCCCAAAAUGUGUUGAGUCGACGUUAAACCCUAUUUCUCUCUUCCGCUCCAAUCCAGUUUCUGUUAAAAAAAAAACAACCCAAAAAACUACUACAGAUGGAAGAAUCAAAUGGCAUAGUGAAUUGAGCUGAUCCUAGUAACUAUUGGUUUAUGUUUGGGAUAAGCAUAGGCAAGAUAUUCAUCAACUACUGUUAAUAUUUUUAAAAUUUACUUUUAGUGAAUCAGUAAAAUGUUUGUGUUAAUUGAAAGUCUGUACUUGUUCAAACCAAUAAAUCUGCCUUCAUAGAUGUUUUUAUAAAUCUAUAUAUGUAUGUAUCGGUAUGUUUAUAUUUUUUGUUUAGUUGUUUUGAGUUAUUGUAUAAGUAUCUUUGAUGAGCAGUCAAUGAGUACUAUUUUAUUGUAUUAAUUUCACUAUUAGUAUUCACUGUAGACAUUAAUGAAUUAUCUCCCUUGAUGUGUCUCCUGAGAGUUACUAAACACCAUUAAUUUCCCCAUUGACUCUAAUGUUAAUACUUUAGGCAGCUCUAACCUUUUCCCAAAUUUUUGUGUGGUUGAAUGCUUUCUACCACAGAUAGAGCAAUAUUUGGCAACCUUUUGCUUAAAAGCAUGAAAAUCUUAAGAUACAUUUCGGCAUAAACAACCUCUUAUUCUUUCGCCUAAUAUCAUGAAUAUUUAUCCAACAUGGUAGAAUAUGUAGAUUUAAACCCUUUUCUUUGAUUCUACGCAAGGGAGGGAAAGGGAGAGAUUUGUGGGUAACCAGUGUAGGAAUUAAUGGUGUCCUGUCUCCAAACUCAGUGUUUGAUAGUUACAUGUCUAUUUAUAGUAAUGAUAUGCCGUAAACUGAGGUUGUGAUCAGAACCUGGAUAUUACCCAUAUAACAGGUUUUCUAUAAUCACACGAUAGAGGAGAUAACCAUGCUGUAUUUGCUGUGAUGAUUAUUAUAGACUGAAUGAUCAUAACUAGUAACCUGAUAUAGGCCUAUUAGUCUUUCCGGGAAAUUACUUGUAUUUUCAUAUACCGAUAUACCAGAUUAGGCAUAAUCAAUGUUUCAGAGUUUUAGAUUAGCUCUAAUAAACCACUCUGGAAUAUGUGAAUGAGGAUGUUAGCAACAUUCCAGUUACUCCAAAUUUUCGGUAUCAAAGUCUAAGGUCUAUAUAGAAUUAUAGUCUUUUAGAAUAAGGACAACCUGAAAUAUGUGUUAAUUUGAAACCCAAGAAUGUAGAUGAUAAUCAGAUGUGCCAGAAUUGUAGAGAGGCAAGGAUUUAUUAGUCACUUUCCUUUUGUCAUAGAUUUAAAAGGUGUUUUUAAUAAAACUUAGAUGACUGUGUCUUUCAGAGUCAUCCAAGGGUCUUUAGUUAAUAAUGGAUUUAAAUGUAGAUAAAAUUUGUUUGCUGCCAUUCUGUAUUCUCCAAUGGUGUCAACACCCAGCUAUCUGCUGACGUCGCUGGUUCUAUUAUUUGUUUGUAUAUUAUGAGAAGCUGGUGUAUAUAUGUAAAGCAAAUAAUAAUAAAUGAUAUCUAUAUUUAAUAUCUAUAUAAGGGUAUAAAACAUAGAUGUGUAAUUAUGUACAGUAUAUUUUUUAUCCGUUAAUAAUCUAAAAAUGUCUUAAUUAAUAGCAGUGUUACCAUGGAAAUAACCAAACACACCCACUACAACAAAUGUCUUAACUUGUUUUUGAAGAUUAAAUCACUAUUUCACCAA